GAUCCCUUGCAAGAGAAUUCUCUGGUUGUCUACACACAUCACAGACAAAAUUAUGCCUUCCAUGGGCCUCCUCAGCCUGUCCUGGAUGCUGCUCUCCUGCCUGAUGCUCCUGUCUCAAGUCCAAGGGGAAGAUUCCCAGAAGAAACUGCCCUCUGCACGGAUCAGCUGUCCGAGAGGCUCCAUGGCCUAUGCAUCCUACUGCUAUGCCUUGUUUACAGCACCUAAAACCUGGAUGAAUGCAAACAUGGCCUGCCAGAAGAGACCCUCAGGACACCUUGUGUCUGUGCUCAGUGGGGCUGAGGGAUCCUUCGUGGCCGCCCUGGUCAAGAACAAUUUGAAAACCCCCUCAGACGUCUGGAUUGGGCUCCAUGACCCCACAGAGAGCUCUGGGCCCAAUGGCAGUGGUUGGGAGUGGAGUAGCAAUGAUGUGCUCAAUUACGUUGCCUGGGAGACAGAUCCCUUCACCAGCUCAUCCCCUGGCUAUUGUGGGAGCCUGUCCACAAGCUCAGGGUAUCGGAAGUGGAGAGAUUAUAACUGUAAUGAGAACUUACCCUAUGUCUGCAAGUUCAAGGGCUAAGUCAGAUGGGAAGUCAGUAGCCUGAGUCUGGUGUGCAGCUUAUCAU